AUGCCUAUGGUUCAUGGAAAGCCGCUGCCGCCGGUGUGCGGGCGCAUGCCCGUGGUUCCGUCCUGGGGAACCGUGAUGGAGAAACCAGGCAGACUCAACAGUGGAGAGACGGUGGAUGCAUGGGACUUUCAGCUCCAGGAGACUCCCUGUCGAAUGGGUGUUCGCGAUGUGCCUCACAUGGAGAGCUGUCUCUCAGGCAGCUGGGUUGUCCUGAUCGGCGCUUCGCAAACCGCAGUGUGGACACAACAGCUGGCAAACCUCCUUUCUCCGGGUGCUCUGGACUCUUUGCGAGAUGGCUUUGUUACAGAUGGCGUUUAUUUGCAUAUGCUGGAUCUGAUUUUCCAAGACGGCGAGGUGGUGCACAAAACUGUGGUGUACCAGAGCGGGCAUGCGGUCAACGAGCACAAAGGCCAUGGCCCAAGCUGGUUUCUUCACCCGAAGGAUAUUUGUAUCCACUUGGUUCGCUGUACCGUUGGCUUGGCAGGGGCGCACUCGGAGACCAGGGACUAUGCGGAGCUGCCCCUCGCAUACGCUCAAUUGGCACAAGCACCCGCCUACAACGCCAGCUUGGGACAGUGGCAGCAAAGCCCAAUGUUCCUGGUCGUGGGGGUUGGUCUCUGGUACGGCUACGCCAAGGGCUGUGCUCUUGAUUGGUGCGCGACAAGGCCUGAAAUCGCCGGACUGGGCCUGGAGGCCAUCCUAGAUUUGUACACAGAGGGAAUGCACAGGUAUGCUUCCAACAGCAUGCGCUACUUUGACCUGUGGGAAUUCUUAGAGCAGGUUCCAGAAGACUGUCUCUUUGGACACAUGUCUCCGGCAUCUGCGAGCUUUAUGAUCCAAGCGCUGCUCAGCAGCAUUUGCCCAGCAGAUGAUGUUGCAGAGGGGACGCUAGUUGCUUUUGUCGGCAAUGCAUGUAGAUCGCGACAAAUCACGCCUGACUGCCCCGGGAUGACAUGUGGCGGUUACAUGUACACUUGGGAUUAUGCGCUGUCGCAGAAUUGCAAGCUGGUGGCUGCAGUAGAUCCCGAUUUGGCAGAGAAGGGGUAUCAGCCAAUGAUGAGUGGCCCUGCAAUGGCUGCCUCCUGGAUGCUGCAUGCUGAUGUAGUGACCACGACUACAACCACUGCAGUUACUACGCAGCAUGUCAAUACCACGGUUGCAUCCACAACACUCUUGACGACUUCUGCAGCGGUCCAGACCUCCGAGUUUCAGCGCGAAGGUCAGCCGCUUCCCAGCAGCCCUGCCUCUGGCUUCAUCUUCUGGGAGAGGUUGAUCAACGUCAGACAGGACCGGGUUCUCGCGCAGUGGGUGCUAUCCGUGCUGCUCCUGUCAGCUGCUAUUCUAAUCGCUCGCUACGCGCGAACUUGCAUGAAGGCGCUCAAGAUUGAUGCGAUGUUGGAUGAGACGUUGCCGUUUAAGGUUGGCACUGAUCUGGAUGAGCCAGCAGUCUGGUGGUCAGAGGAUUGGGGUGCAGAUUCUCCAAAGAUGACCGCACAGCGCAGCGAUGCUGCUUCCAGUGAAGAUGCUGCUUCAGAGCAGCGGCUCUUGAGCAGCCCUGCGUCCCAAAUACCUCCCAGCCCAAAGCCUGUGCUUCCCAGCUCCUGCAGUGACAUGGUUUUCCGAAUGCCCAAGGGUGAGAGGUAUGCCUUUGGCUUGGCCCGCUAUCUGGCUUCCCUCCAUGUUGUGAUGGGCCAUAUCAAAGCCCGGGGCCAUGAAGCAGAUGUGCAGCUUGGCUUUGCCUUGCAGCUGGGUACGCUUGCAACUGGGGAUUCACCUGGGAGCGCUUUCCUCGUUUCAGCAAUUUGUUGCAAGGGUCCACAACAGUUGCAGGAGAAGCCUUAUGAGUAUGUCACCAUUUAUCCUGUGUAUGCUGUCAGCCUGCUGAUUGCGGGCUUUUCGGGCAUGAUAUCUGGGACCUUGCCCAGUGGCUGGAUACUUCUCAUGCAGGCUUGGCUGGUGCAGGCAUGGGUGCCAUUCAUUACCGAGAAAGGCUUGCAAAUGCAGUGCUGGUUCCUGUCCUGCCUUGUGGUCUACUGGACCUGCUUCCCCAUGUUGGUGAGGAGGGUAUCGCAGGUCCAACUGCACGAGGCUGUGAUUGGCAUGUCGGCGAUGUGCAGCUUGCCCUUGCUCUAUUUGCUCAUACCAGAUCUGUUUUAUGGGAAUGCUACCUGGUACGAGUAUCACAGCUGGGGCAAGAUGAGAAACAUCACAGACGUCCUGGUUGUUGUGAUCAAAUUCCACCCUUUCUGCUACAUGCAUGUGUUCAUCCUGGGAAUGUUACUGGCGCGCCUGCGGUUGCUGCU